AUGCUGGUCCAAGAGGUCCAGGACUUAGAUUGUUGGUUUGAAGUGUUUCAUGGUCCAUACUCUUUCAUAAAGGAUGGCCAGGUAUCACAAACAUGGCAUGGACUUUUGCUAGUUGAAUUGCAAGAAUUAUUAGACCGUACUCUGUGGACUUGUUUUCCCCCCCGUGUGUAUUUCUCGCGGUGUCAAGAUAGAUGUCAAGAUAGAGAUAAGGUGCCCGCAAGUUAUCAAAUAACCCGUAUUGAUCUGUCAGCCGAGGCCCUUCCAUUUGACCGAUGGACGCUCAUUCAAAUUCUGCUAACUCUCACGACGAGGCCCCAAUGGCUAAACCUUAUGGUCACUUGCAUGAGCUCGGAUGGGGAUGUCCUGGCCCCAUACUGUCUGGGAGACGUCGAACCGGUUGUAUCAAGUGAGGCACUAGACGAUGGGUUAGUUAAAAGGGUGUGGCCUGAAUGUGUUAUUCGUCGAGGUAAUGUUUAUAAGUGUGCCAACCGCCUAGACAAGAUACCCGGAAGCGCCGCACCUUGCGAGAUGACACUGCUACAACAGAAGCUUGAUUCCUUACGGAUCCUGAGGCAAGGCUCAGCCACCCAGUCGUCAACGGACCAGUCGUCAACGGUCCAGUCGUCAACGGUCCAGUCGUCAACGGACCAGUCGUCAACGGACCAGUCGUCAACGGUCCAGUCGUCGUUUUGCGCGGUCGAGUCGUCGUUUUGCGCGGUCGAGUCGUCGUUUUGCGCGGUCGAGUCAUCAGGCUCUGGCCAGAAGCUGGCUCCACUCCUGGACCCUGCGUCUUUGUGUGGCAAGAUGAACGGACAUCAUCACAUUCCCCUUCUGGUCAACAAGCUGGUGGGCAGAUUGCUGACAUUGUGUCCCCAGCUGGGACCGGCUGCUGUGGCGAGUGUCACGAAUUCGUCUCUCAGUGAGAAGACGGAUAACCGAUUCGCCGAUAAGCGAUUCAUUUUGGGAGCGGCAGAUGACUGCGUGACAGCAGAACUGCUGCUGCCCUCGGCAGCCUGCGGUCGGUUACUGAACAGCCUGCAACACGCUCGACGACUGCCUUUCGAGUACAUGAUGCGGAACUGGCACGCUUCCGCAGACGGGGAUGACAGCAACCAGCUGGAAAUGAGGCAGCUGGAGGCAACGAAGCUAGAGGCGACGACGCUAGAGUCAACAAAGUUGGAGGCAACAAAGUUGGAGGCAACGAAGUUGGAGGCAACAAAGUUGGAGGCAACGAAGCGGGAGGCAAGGCAGUUGGAAAUGAGACAGCUGGGUGCCCGAGUCAGUUACGGCUUGCAGCUUCUAGUGUCCGGGUUUGUGGAAGAAGAUAGACGCGGUUGUUUCGCGCCCUUGGUCCGCCAGCUGGGCUUGACGGUCGCGACAAUUUCGCCGGCGGUCGUGGCUGCUUUGGAGCCGUUCGAGGUCCGUCUUUACAAUCGCAUCUGUGGCACCGUUUCCGAAACGGAGGAUCAGCACACGAUUUUGGAAGAGUUCGGGCGCCACAUUACGGACGUCUUGACACCUUACAUCUGGAUGUCCCGGAUCGCCGAGCCCGGAUCGAAGCCGGGAUUGAAGCCGGAGUUGAACAUAUUUGAUAUGGGUGUGUUGCCGUCCAAACGUGCUAUAGACGACUUGCUGGCCCUGGUGCGGGAGGCGCCGGCGGAUGGCAAGUGCGGUUGUGUGGAGAAGGCGCAUGGUUGUGUGGCGCGGCGGUGUCGGUACACGCACUGUUGCGGCGCGCGCCUGUUGUCCGAGGUAGACGUGGGGCUUGAUGUUGGCGAGGUGGAGCAGCUGGUUGCGGAAGUAGCGGGGGAGGGCGAGGUAGACGAGUUGUCCCGGAUGCUGGGUCUGGAUGGGGAUGAUCCGGAAGAGCUCACUCGACGUCUGGAGCAGGGUAUGAAGGUGGAAAGCGACCUGUUCGCCGGCAUGGAUUUUAACGGCGAUCGGCCGAAACGCCUAAAGCCGGAAGAGGAACAAGAACUUAAGAACGCUUUCAAGGAUAUGGGACUCGGAGGUUUAUUAGACGACUGGGACAUCUCGGACAUCUCGGAUGACUCUUCGCAGUUGUAUUUGGACGAAAAGAUUAGAAAGGAGCAAACCAUGGAAGAAAAGUUCGAUGCAAUGUUUCGUGAAGAGUUGACUAAACUUAUUGUUGGUGACGAUGGGGGGGAUCUGGACGAUACAUCGGCCCUAUGCCAAGAGGACAGUCUGACAAAAAUGUUUGACGGAAUAAAACCAUGUGCGGUACUUCGGUCACAACUUCGUAACAGAGACAAUACAUGA